UGCCUUGGCUCCGGGCUAUGGCUCGUGACUCACAUCCCCAAAGUGGUUUUAGGCAGAAAUCCACCAAGCUGGAGAGCUCUGGAGUAGAUUUGGCCCCACUAGGCCUGACUAAGCAGGUUUCCUCAGGCUCAGUGCCUGUGUUGGACGUGCACACACGGCCUGGUGGUAGCCCCAGGACUGGCUGCAUCCACCUCUGCCAUGGAAGUGCUGUCUCUGGCCCCUCUGGUGCAGGGAUGGGUCAUCCUGGCUGGGGAACAGGCUGGUGCCGAUGGUUUUUGGGAAUCAGGGAAAGGCUUGGCUGCCCCAAGGCUUUCCCAAGCCUCCUGUUCCUGCACACCUCACCACCCCAGCGGGCUGUGACAAUUUGUGGAUGAAAAACGGUGCCACGGUCCUUAAACAUGCCACGAGCUGGGAUUCAUGGGUGCUGCAGUGGCCUCUGCUAAUGGUUUGAGUAACCUGGCUGUCAUCUUUGGGAAAAACUGCAGUCCUUUUCCAUAUGAAAUAUUUACACUGGUCUUUGCUUCAUCAUAACGGAGCCGGAGAGUCAGGAGUGGAAGCUCACGGCUGCCUCAGCUCAGCCCAGCUCUCGUUUAUGGCUGUAACACCAAGCAGCCAGAUGAAAACCUGCAUUUGAACCCAAAAUGCCAGAGGGGAGAUCUGUGUGAGGGAUCUGGGAGUCACCAAAGCUCAACCAGGGAGCAGGAGCCCCUCUGAGUUGGGUUUCCUGGCCCUGCACCCAGACCUGCUGGAGAUGGGUUGUCAUCCCCCCGCUCCCUGGGAUCCCCAGCUCCAUCUGUCUCUGCUCUAUAGGGAUGGACCUCUCAGCCAACCAGGAUGAGGAGGGUGACCAGGAGACCUACCAGCUGGAGAUCAACAAGGACACCAAAAAAUGCGCCUUCCGGACCUACACUGGGAAGUACUGGACCCUCACCUCCAACGGGGGCAUCCAGUCCACUGCCUCCACAAAGAACGCGAGCUGCUACUUCGACAUCGAGUGGUGCGACAAGCGCAUCACCCUGAAAGCUGCCAACGGCAAGUACGUGACGGCAAAGAAGAACGGGCAGCUGGCAGCCUCCAUGGAGACAGCGGGUGAGACGGAGCAUUUCGUGAUGAAGCUGAUCAACAGGCCCAUCAUCGUCCUGCGUGGCGAGCACGGCUUCAUCGGGUGCCGGAAGGUGACCGGCACCCUCGACUCCAACCGCUCCUCCUACGACGUCUUCCAGCUGGAGUUCAACGACGGCGCCUACAACAUCAAGGAUACCACUGGGAAGUACUGGAUGGUGGGGAACGAGUCAUCCGUCACCAGCAGCAGCGACACCCCCGUGGACUUCUUUUUUGAGUUCUGCGACUAUAACAAAGUUGCCAUCAAAAUCAAUGGCAAAUACCUGAAGGGGGACCACGCCGGGGUCCUCAAGGCAUCGGCCGACACCAUCGACGCCUCCACCCUCUGGGAAUAUUAAUGCACUUUAGGGUACCUCCCAUUGCCAACUUCUCUUUCCCUUCUUCCGUCCUCUUUUCCUUUGGGUUCUGUUUCUCCUCUCUGUAACAGGAUUUUCAGACUGGCUUGUCCUUCCCUCCUGCCGUAGAGUUGGUGCAUUAUGUGGGAGGUGGGUCUCCGUAAAUCCCUGUAAGAACUGGAAAAGUGGUGGGGCAGCCCGCCUAUAGCUUUGUAGAAGGGUCUGUCUCUAUCCCCCAUCCCUGUUUCCCUCCAGGUUUGCUGGGCUUGGAAACCGCCGUAUCCCCCUCCCAGCCCCGAGCAUCACCUUAGGUAGUUGAUUAUCCUCUCCUUGAUUGAAAAAAGGGAAUAAGAUCACCUCUGAGCUCACUUCUGCCAUAUCAGCACUGGCACUGCCUCAGUCUGUGCUGCCAGUGUCCCCUGGAGCAUCCUCCCAUCCUGCCCUGCUCCAACGAGGGGCAGAGUGACGGUGCUGGGCUCAGCCAGCUCCUCCCGGCUCCUCUGGCAGCUUCUCUCCCCUCCUGGCUUUCAGGGCAGGUCCAUCCCCAGCUGAGCUGUAAGAGGUGACCUUACAUAUCACAGCAUCCCUGGGGACGGGGCUGGUGUGUGCUGGCACACAUCCCUGCAGAAGGGCCAGCAAGCUGCCCCCUCCCCUCCCCAUACACCUGGAAAUGAUUCUUUAGGGUGAUCCCGUCUGGAAAGCCUCAGCCUUUCAUCUCAUAGAGCCCUGCGCUCCUCAUGUCCCUCUGCCCCUCCUCACGCUUCUGGCUCUGGAGGAGCACCCCAGACCCUGAUGGUGGGUCCAGCCUGGCAGGUGCCUGCCCUGAGGCUGGUCCUGCUGCUGUGCCUGGAGGGGGGGGCGUGGGGGGACACAGAGCCAGCCCGUGCUGGGGUGGGGGCUUCAUCCAGCCCACCUCUCGUGGGGCCUCGGUCCCAGCAGGAGCCUGGCUGGCCCACGCGACCUCCCCGGGGUGGUGGCUGGAAGCAUAAAGUGCAGAUUUUGGUUUACAGAAUAGAAAAGUUCCUUAGCAAACUUUGCACAGUGAUACUUGCUCAGUACCUUUGUUGUUUUUUUUUCUUCCUCUCUCAUAAAAUACUGGAACAGUGAAGUGAAUCACUGAACACCUAAUGCUGAAUUAGGAAGCGCCCGCUCCUGCGGGCUCCCCUGAAGGGGCAGCUCCUGGUCCCACCACCCCCGGGGCACCUGGGCUGGGCUCUCAUGAAUCACAACCCUACUGGAAAAG